CGUCCCCCGGCGAGUUACUGUAAGUGCAAGCCUAAAGAGAGUAGAGUAACUGCGGUAAGCGCUUUAUUACACAGCCACGGUGCCAUUAACCACGCCAUGUCUACACAUAAUACCAUAUAGUGCAAGAGUUUGCUAAUGCAUGUGGCGAAUGAACCCGAGAAUCAUACGGGAAAUUCAACAAUCAACUGGCCGGGAAAACCUUUCACACCAGCCGGCUUCCGGGGAUUGAGGGUCUGCAUCGGCUGACGUUGGUCUUGUGGCUCCGGAGGGGAGGAAAGGCGAACGGGCACAUCAUCAUCGCCGACAUCCACCUCUCGGUUUUUUUUUUAGACACUUUCGAUAUGUCAAGAAAGCUACAACGGACGGAAAUCUGCGCUGACUGCAGUGCACCAGAUCCUGGCUGGACCAGUAUCAACCGAGGGGUACUGAUCUGCGAUGAAUGCUGUUCAGUUCACCGCAGUUUAGGACGCCAUAUCUCCAUAGUCAAGCAUUUGAGGCACAGCGGAUGGCCGCCCGCAUUAAUGCAGAUGGUUCAAACUUUGGCCGGCAAUGGGGCCAAUUCAAUAUGGGAACACAGUCUUCUGGACCCUGCCCAGGUGCAGAGCGGCCGAAGAAAACCCAACCCCCAGGACAAAGUCCACCCCACAAAGUCCGAGUUUAUCAGAGCCAAGUACCAGAUGCUGGCCUUUGUGCACAAACUACCCUGUCGCGACGAUGACGGUGUGACUACCAAGGACCUUAGCAAGCAACUUCACUCAAGUGUGCGGACAGGGAGUUUAGAGACGUGUCUUCGGCUGCUGUCCCUUGGUGCUCAGGCCAACUUCUUCCAUCCAGAGAAGGGCACUACCCCACUGCAUGUAGCCGCCAAGGCAGGGCAAAUCUUACAAGCUGAGUUACUCGUGGUAUACGGCGCCGACCCUGGAGCCCCCGACAUCAAUGGACGCACACCCAUGGAUUACGCCAGGCAGGCGGGUCACAUAGAACUUGCAGAACGACUGGUUGAGUGUCAGUAUGAACUGACUGACAGGCUGGCAUUCUACCUGUGUGGCCGACGCCCAGAUCACAAGAAUGGACAUUAUAUCAUUCCUCAAAUGGCAGAUAGAGCUCGUCCUAAGUGCCCGACACAGAGUUUGGACCUUUCAGAACUAGCCAAGGCUGCAAAGAAGAAGCUACAAGCGCUGAAUAACCGGCUGUUUGAAGAGCUCGCAAUGGAUGUGUACGAUGAAGUGGAUCGCAGAGAAAACGAUGCAGUGUGGCUAACUACGCAGAACCACAGCACUCUGGUAACAGAAAGAAGCGCUGUGCCCUUUUUACCAGUCAACCCUGAGUACUCUGCCACACGGAACCAGGGUCGUCAAAAGCUUGCCCGUUUCAAUGCCCGGGAGUUUGCCACACUUAUCAUAGACAUCCUCAGCGAUGCCAAAAGGAGACAGCAGGGGAAAGGUCUCAGCAGCCCAACUGACCCAUUGGACCUAGGCUUUGACGAUGACCAGCAUGACUACGACAGUGUAGCAUCUGAUGAAGAUACAGACAGCGAGCUCACAACCCAAAAUAACAACAACACGCAACGCAACAACCGUGCAAAGAGUAUGGACUCGUCAGACUUUUCGGAUGGACCAAUCACACUGCAGGAGUACCUGGAAGUAAAGAAAGCUCUUGCCUCCUCGGAAGCUAAAGUGCAGCAGUUAAUGAAAGUCAACAACAACCUCAGCGAGGAACUGAGGCGUCUCCAGAAAGAGAUCACACGGAUGCAGACAGAGAACAGCGUGCUGCGGGGGGGCCAGCAGACUGGGGGAUCAGCGGGCCAUGGGGUUGGGGGCCCCGGCGGAGGAGGAGCCUACUGGCCAGGAGGCGGGAUGCGAGGAGUGAUCGGUGGCGGGGGUAUGAGCGGAUUGGGGACAGGGAUUGACGCCUCAGUGCUCACAGCGCCGUCUUUAGCCACGCCUCAGUCCCAUCUCCAUCGGAGAGACCGCCAGGCUUUCUCCAUGUAUGAGCCCGGGGCUGCCCCUAACCCCACGGCCCAUGGUCCCCCAGCCUUGGACUCCCUGGCAGCCCGACUGCAACCCCUCAACACACCCAGCGUAAGGAAGGGUAGUACGGGGGGUUUGGCACCAUAUGGAAGCCAACAUUUAUCCGGGUCUACAGAGAUGGGCCGAUACAUGUUUUCCAGAUCAGAGAAGCACAGCAGUGGCACCGACAGCGAUUAUGACAAUACACAAACGUACGAACCCUCGAUAAGUAUGGGUCGCAGCAGCGAAGAGGAAGGGCGUGGAGAGGCUGAAGACGGUGGUGAGAUGGGCGAUCCAGACCCCACCUUGCCAUGCACUGAGGAUGUCAUACUGAAGACUGAGCAAGUGACAAAGAACAUCCAGGAGCUUCUCAGGGCGGCUCAGGAGUUCAAGCAUGACAGCUUUGUACCUUGUUCUGAGAAGAUCCACUCUGCUGUCACUGAGAUGGCCUCACUCUUCCCCAAACGCCCAGCCCUGGAUGCGGUGCACUGCUCGCUCCGCCUGUUGGCCUCCAGCGCCUCGCGGUUACAAGUGGAGUGUCGUAAGGCGGCGCCCACGGAGCCCGGCGCUCCUGCAGUGGACUACCAGCUCCUCACCCAGCAGGUCAUCCAGUGCGCCUACGACAUCGCCAAGGCCGCCAAGCAACUGGUCACCAUCACCACUCGCGAGAAGAAACAGUGACGGCGGAAAACGCUGAGGAAAGAGCGAAGGCGGCGCGGGACAGGUCAGGAGAGGUCGUACGUGAUGGCACCACAGGGGGGGAGUGGGAAGGGAGCGAUGACGGUUUAUGUGAGGAAAGAAUAGUCAGGACUAUGCAUGGGAAGAAAGCGUUGACGACGAAAUGAGCACAGAAGGAGCCAAAGUGGGAACUACAAGCUGCAGAAUCAGAUGUGUAAGAUAAACGGCUUUACAAGAAAAGACGGUGGUGGUGGUGGUGGUGAUGCCACCUUAUUUAUUCUCUCCCGUCGCCCCUCAGCCUGCUCAACUGGACCAACAAACGAAGAACAACAACUGUGACAGCCCAUCUUUAUCUCUCUCUUUUCGGGUAUGUGGAUCCGUGUGGACGAGGGCCUCGCCAAUCCACCGUCCAAUCUCUGGUUUGCUUUUGCAGCCUGUUGUUGGAGGUCCACAGCAUGUUCUGUCUGGCAUGUCCCCCCCCCGGCCCCCCUUGAAAAUGCAGAUUUGGGAUGGUUCUGCAUAUCUGAAAACUUAUGAAAACACUUAACACUGGAAUAAUUGUGAUUUAUCGUUCUUGUUUAUCAUGUUUUUGUAAUAUUUUACUGACUUAUCUUGAUUUAAUUCUGUAUGUUUGUUAUUGUCUCACUUUUAAUUCUCAUUUAGGGAGAGAGCGUUUACGGGGAUUUAAGUUAACAAAAAAAAAUAACCUGUGAACAAUCCUGAGCAUUUCUUAAGCCUUUCUUUUAAGUUAUACACUCAAUAGCCGAGGGGUUUAUCAGGUGCCAAAAAAGACCAAAAACCCUCUGAUCGUGUUCACAAUUUUAAAUGAAAGCUCAAGUGUU